AUGGCUUCAACUUCGAAUGAAAGUCCAAGGGACCAGGGGAAGGACGCCAGCACACGCGAGGCCGCGAUAGAUACCUCCGUUAUUGCGACAGACAACACAAGCAGUAACGACAGCCCUCCGACAUCAUCGUCUCAAGCAUCACCUACUGCAGAGAAGUCAACAACAACCCCUGCUGGACCUCCAGACGGUGGUUUGCAAGCAUGGCUCCACAUCCUUGGGUCUUUCUUCAUCUACUUUAACACAUGGGGUCUCAUCUCGAGCUUCGGCGCCUUUCAGGCCUACUACCAGUCUGAUCUCCUGAAAAACAACACUGCCUUUGAGAUCUCGACAAUUGGUUCCCUGCAGAACUUCCUUAUGGUCUUCUUGGGUUUCAUCAUCGGCCCAAUUUACGACCUGGGCUACUCACGAUACCUGCUGGUGGUAGGAUCCAUCCUGGUGCUGAUCGGGCUUAUCCUCCAAGCCUUCUGCCAGAACCUGUGGCAGUUCCUACUCUGCCAGGGUCUCAUCAUCGGCCUGGGAACCGGAUGUCUGUCUACGCUAGGCGUCGCACUCCCAUCGCAAUGGUUCUCUACUAGGCUCGCGCUUGCCAAUGGCAUCGCGGCCAACGGUAGCGGUGUUGGGGGUCUCGUCCUACCAGCAAUGUUCCGGGCAAUCCAACCUAAGAUCGGCUUCCGAUGGACAGUCCUCGUCUUCGCGCUCAUCGCGCUUGUGACGCUCGGCGUAGCCAACCUCGUCAUCAAGACAUCGAAGCUCAAGAUCCCUCUCAAGCGGCGACCGCUCGUCGACAAGUCCGUCUUCCACGACCUCCCGUUCCUUCUCUUCCUCGGCGCCUGCUGUCUGCUCUUCCUGGGCAUGUACACGCCGUACGUCUACGUGCAGAGCUACGCCCUCGAGAACCACAUGGCCAGCGAGAAUGUCGCGCUCUACCUUCUCUCGAUGCUUAACGGCGCCUCUAUUGUUGGGCGCAUCAUCCCCAACUUCUUUGCACCCUACAUUGGCAUCAUGAACAUGAUUGCUAGCGCCGUCUUCGUCAUGUCGAUUGCCGCCUUCUGCUUCGCGGCGACGAACAGCCAGGCUUCACUCAUUGCCGUCACUGUGGUGUACGGCUUCUUCAGCGGAACAUUCUUCGGCUUGCAGCCGACUACGUUCGUCAAGCUUACAGCUGACAAAAGUUACAUGGGCACCAGAUUUGGCAUGGCAUUUACUGUCAUGUCGGUGGCACUCCUGUUCGGAUCGCCGAUUGCUGGUGCGCUGUCCAGGUCGCAUGGAUACUUGAGCGGUUGGAUCUGGUCGGGAUGUUGCCUUGCGGCUAGCGGUGUCACGAUUUGCAUUUCGCGCGGGUUUGCUGGUGGCUGGAAGCUGAACAAGGCGGUUUGA